AUGCGCGCCCUACACCUUCUUUCCCCUGGACAAGCAACGCUUGCGUCCCUCCCCACCCCUUCUCCACGACCAGGAGCCAUACUUAUCCGCAUCCUGACAAUUUACGUCCAGUCCAACACCGUCGACAUUCUAAACGCCUCUCAUCCCCUCUAUGAGCUACCAUACCCGGUCAUCCCAGGCACAAACGCCAUCGGCCGCAUCGCCGCCCUCUCCCCCGACACUACCUCUUUCAAAGAGGGUGACUUAGUCCUCCUCGACUCAUUCAUCCGGGCCCGCGACGACCCCUGGAACGUACAGAUCCUUUGGGGAGCAAAUGCUGGCAUCACGCCGGCUUCCAAGGAGUUUUUGAGGGGGAACUGGAGAGAUGGGUGCAUGGCUGAAUAUGCUCUGGCACCGCUCGAGAAUGUGCACCUGCUGGACGAGAUGAGGCUGACCGGUUCGCCAUCAAAUGGCGGCCUCGGCUACAGCAUCAAUGAGUUGCUUUAUCUCGUCUCUUGCAUCAUUGUCUACGGCGGUUUGAAGGGUAUCAACCUGCAGCCCGGGGAGAGAAUCAUCGUCACCCCGGCGACGGGAGCAUCUUCCGGUGCAGCGGUGGCCGUGGCUCAAGCCAUGGGCACAAACGUCAUUGCCGCCUCUCGCUCGGCCUCGAAGCUUGCGUCGCUGAAAGCUUCGAUUCCAACUUCACUCGGCAGGCGGCCGAUCGAGACAGUCGUGAUGACGGAGGACAUCGAGAAAGAUACUGCUGCCCUGAGAGCCUUUGGGCCUGUCGACGCGGUGAUUGACAUGUCGCCCCCGGCGGCGACUGGAUCACAGCAUAUCAGGUCUGCGGUGUUGGCCCUCCGGGCGUAUGGUCGGGUGUCGCUGAUGGGAGGGCGGGCUGAUGAGAGCCUUCCGUUCCCGUGGUUUACCGUUCUUGCGAAUAACUUGACCAUCAAGGGCCAGUUCAUGUAUGAAAGGAAGGACGUGAAGGAGCUCAUCAGCUUGGCCGAGUCGGGACUGCUGAUUAUGGGGAGAGAGGCGGGGCAUGAGGUGGAAGAGUUUCCUAUCGAGAGGUGGGAGACUGCGGUGGACUUUGCGGCGAAGAAUGUUGGGCACGGGAAGAUGACUUGCAUUGUGCCGUGA